GGCCUUCCAGAAACGUUUUCAAGUUCAAGGUGAGAAGAACUGGUGCUCCUGGAGCUCAGAGAAAAUUCUAUCUUAAAAAAUAAUUGGAGUGCGCGAAAAUUUCAUGAUUCAUUGAAUCAAAUUUAUAUCAAAAUGAAGAGUUUCCUCUUAGUUGUUUCACCCCUGCUUCUUUUAAUCAUCACCGGUGGAAAAUGUCAAAGGUUGCAUCCAAAAGAUAUCUCGAUAGCGAGAAAUAGUGUUGAAGAAUUACCACAAAAUCCAACAUCACAAGGAUUAAGUUGGAAGUCGAGGAAUUUAAGGAAUUUGGUGGAUAUGGCACUUUGUAUUGGUACAUUGGAUGGAAAAUGUAUCUUGGAUAAAGCUGAUUUAAUGGUUGUUGAUGCCAAUAAAUCAUUUUGGGAUGAAGCCGAUGCACAAGUCGUUGAAUCCGGAAGAGCAGAAGAAUCAUCGAAACCUUCAGCCUUAAUGGACUCUUUAAAUAGUAUAAUAUCAGAGCUAACUGAUAUGUUUAAAGAUGGUAUAUCCGGUUUGUUUAGAGACGGUAAAGAAAAUAGCAAUGAUGAGACCGAGUUAGAAGAAGGAGAUGAAGAAGAGGGGGGUGAUAAAGAUGAAGCGAAAGAAGAUAAAUCGAGACAAGUUGAAGAAGGCAGAGGUAAAAAGAAAAAGAAGAAGAAGGCCAUAAUAAAAUUAUUAUUAUUGGGUGCUGUCGCCGCAACAAAAAUAAAACUUAUAUUAAAAGCUCUCGCCAUUCAUCUGCAAGUUAAAUUCUUAUUCAUAGCUUUGGCGAGUCUUUUAUUAAACGCUGCAAGAUUUUAUUUAGAAUUGAAGAAAGGUCAUCAACCACAGAAAGUAAUUUAUUAUGAACACGCCCAACAUCAACAUCAUUAUGAUGGUGGCGAGGAAGAUUGGCACGGUGGAUGGUCACGGUCUUAUGAUGAAACGAAGAAAUUUGCGCAAGAUUCGGCUUAUUCGAAACAGAAACCUCAAGGUCUUGUUUACACGAAAGUAAACGAUAAACCAAAUUAUUCUUGGGACCAAUAACUAAUUUUAACGUUAAUUAUAUUCCGAUUCAUGUUACUUUUUUCUUUUGAUAGAAUUAGAUAUAAGCGGUUCAUGUUGUGCAAUAAUAUCAAAUUCUAUUUCUCAGUUGGUUGAAUUUUAACCAAUAAGAAAUAAGUGAAAUGUUACGAAACGUACUUUUACCUUUUCUUUAAGAAUCAUUUUUUGUAUGUUUAAUUAAACGAUUUAUACUUAAUAUUUAAGACUUAACGUACACCUAAUGUAAGUUAGAUUUUUUUAGUGCCAAACGCAUUUUUUGUUUCCAUCUUUUCUAGUUCGAUGGUACGUUUAGAAACAUAUAAGUAGUUAUAAUAAAUUAUUUAUUAACAGAAAUUUCGCGAAUACACAUUUGAAGGAAGUUUAUAUUUAUUUAUAGUUUUGGUAGAAUUAAUCGUUUAACUAGUCAUGUAAUAUUUUACAGUUUAAAAUUUGUUUUUGUACCUAAAUAGAUAUGUAAAUUAAUGUGUUCUAAUAAACGAUUCUAAACA